UGCUCAAUACACCAUUUUCCCACAAAUACUGUGAUGAAGAAGACGAGGCUCCUCUGCUUGCUCGUGCUGCUGUUGCUAUGGACGGCAACGGCACGAGCAUCCUCAGGCGCGCAAGGAAGCCAGGCCGGCAACAGGAGCACUCUUCCCUCGCCGGCCGGCUGCCUGAGGAGAUGUGGCAACCUGAGUUUCGAGUACCCGUUCGGCAUAGGGGCAGGCUGCUUCCGGCCGCCGCGGCGAGACUUUGAGCUCAUCUGCAACAGCACGCACGGGGCCUCGCAGCACCCCAGACUCUUCCUGCACGACGGCAUCACCGAGGUAGCCGAUGAUAUCAUCACCAGCGAUGGCGAUCGCUCAGGCUCACAGGAAAUCGAGGUAUCAUUUUCCCAUUCCGUCUCAGUGAGGCCUGAAACCGAUGCCUACAACAUAUCCUGGAAUCCUGGGAGAUCUCCCACUAGCUAUUUUUUACGUUUAAACUUCACUGGUUGCGACUUCGACAUGUAUGUGCUCGACCACGACACUAACAAGACGGUGGGUCAGUGCAAUACUACAUGCCCUGACGAAGAUAUCACGGAUACGGUGGCCAGGCAGGACUGCAACGGUACAGGAUGUUGCUCCGCCUAUAUUGACUCAGGGUCUGCAACCGGCUUGAACAUCAAGUUUGUCCGCCACAAGAUUGGAAAGCGGAAGUUCAAAGCACAUAGUAACCCAAGCUCCAUAUGGGAUACAAUUGCCGUAACCAGUGAUUACGCCUCUAUUCGCUGGGCUAUCGCCGUUGAUGAACCUGGCCCCUUGCGAAACAGCAAAGAUUAUGCAUGUCUCAGCAACCAUAGCAGCAGUUACCUGCGGGAUCAGUAUCAGUAUACUGCUACUCCGGAGUAUUAUUGUAUCUGUGACAGGGGUUACCUAGGCAAUCCAUACAUAACCGAUGGCUGCUCACGUGACAAAGGGUACAAUCCGAUACAACGGAAGACCAACUGCUCUAGAUGGUGUGGGAAAAUCAGUGUCCCUUUCCCAUUUGGCCUAGAGGAUGGUUGUUCUGCAAGGAUGUCAUUUCAGCUCAAUUGUACAAAUUCUUCUUUGUCUACCCUCCAGUUUCUUGACAUGAACUACAAUACAGAAGAGAUCACUUAUGUAAAGAAUAUAAGUAUCAUGGAGGGGCUAGUGAAUGUUAAAUACAGCUUAUAUGCUGAAGAGUACCUUUCGGUGAGUGUACCUCAAGAUUCAGGCCUCUAUGUUGCCUCUGCGGGUGUAGUACCACAGCAGUGGGCUGUAGCCAAUUUAACAUGCCACGAGGCACAGGAGAAUACGACCGGAUAUGCAUGUGUCAGCAUGAAUAGGACAUGCUUGGGUGUCAAAUCUGAACGAGAAUAUUAUGGUUACCGUUGCACAUGUAUGGCCGGCUUCAAUGGGAAUCCAUAUAUUGCAGAUGGAUGCAAAGAUGUUGACGAGUGCGAGACACCAGGAACAUGUAAUGGGAUUUGCCAUAACACUAAAGGAAGUCAUUAUUGCACUGAAUGUCGUAGUAAUACAGUGUAUGACACUGCAACCAAGAUGUGCACACCGACCAAAAAACAAAAUCUAGUACUAGGUAUCGUCAUUGGGAUUAGCGUUGGUUUUGGAAUUAUACUUCUCAUGUCAAUUGUAAUAUUACUCGUCCGUAGAUGGAAAAAAGACAUCAAGAAGAAACUGCGAAGAAAGCAUUUUCGGCAGAACCAAGGUCUACUCCUCGAACAAUUGAUAUCGUCAGAUGAAAAUGCAAAUGACAACACUAAGAUUUUCUCACUAUCAGAGUUAGAAAAGGCAACAAAUUACUUUGAUCCCACACGUAUCGUUGGUCGUGGAGGGCAUGGCAUGGUUUAUAAAGGCAUCUUAUCCGAUCAACGGGUAGUGGCCAUAAAGAAGUCUAAAGUCAUUGAGCAAGUUGAGAUAAGCCAGUUUAUCAAUGAGGUUGCAGUCCUCUCCCAGGUAAAUCACCGUAAUAUUGUGAAGCUCUUUGGUUGUUGUCUUGAGAGCGAAGUCCCACUGCUAGUGUAUGACUUCAUCCCUAAUGGUUCAUUAUUUGGAAUCCUUCAUGCCAGUACCACUAGCAGCUCUAUCUUGUCCUGGGAUGAUUGUUUGAAAAUUGCUGCACAAGCUGCUGGAGCACUCUAUUACCUCCACUCGGCUGCUUCAGUAUCAAUAUUUCAUCGUGAUGUGAAGUCCACUAACAUACUCUUAGAUGGAAAUUACACUGCAAAAGUAUCAGAUUUUGGCGCUUCAAGGUUGGUUCCUAUUGACCAAACUCAUGUCGUUACAAAUAUACAAGGCACAUUUGGAUACUUGGAUCCGGAAUAUUACCACACUGGUAUGUUGAAUGAGAAGAGUGAUGUCUAUAGUUUUGGUGUAGUACUUGUAGAGUUGCUGCUCAGAAAGAAGCCUAUUUUUACAAGUGACUCUGGGCUAACGCAAAACUUGUCCAACUACUUCCUUUGGGAGAUGAGAGAGAAACCACUUGCAGAAAUAGUAGCUACUCAAGUUCUCGAGGAAGCAACAAAUGAAGAGAUUAAUGAUGUCGCCAAUCUUGCGGAGACUUGCUUGCAACUACGAGGUGAAGAGAGACCUACAAUGAAACAAGUGGAGAUGAAACUACAGUAUGUGCGAUCUAAAAGGUUGAGAUCAUGUCAGGUUGUUGUCAAAAAUGAAGACAUGCAACCCUUGUUAAGUGGACAUAGCCAAGACACUCUUCCGAAGUUGACUACUCCGAGUGGUAUAGUAGACAGAGUUAAUAUAGCUUCUCAAAGGAAUCAAAAUUGCUACAGUUUGGAGCAAGAGUUCAUGGCAUCGGCGACUCUCCCACGCUAGCUAGUCCAUCGUGUUUUUAGCAUUAAUGUUUGGUUGUCUACUUUUCCUAUUGAAGUGCUACAUUUUUUGCGUCCUAUGAUGGAGAGCGUAAAGUAUACUCUACAUUGUAUAGUGCACUAAAUAACGGGCGCUUUAUACUGUCCAGAUUGGAAAAUUUCAUUCUCAUUCUUGUCUUAAC